AUGCUGAUUCUGGGGCUGGCCAGGAGGGGAGGGGGCGGGGCUGGGGCGGCUGGCCUGGGCCCAGCACAUAACUCUGGGCGGCUGUGCACUGGGAUGCAGACAACCAGCUCACUCAGAGCUAAGCUGACAACAUGGAGGUACUCUUGGCCCUGCCGCUGCUGCUGCUCCUUUCCACUCCCCCCUGUGCCCCACAGGCCUCUGGGAUCCGGGGAGAUGCUCUGGAGAAGUUAUGCCUGCAGCAGCCCCUGGACUGUGAUGACAUCUACGCCCAGGGCUACCAGGCAGAUGGUGUGUACCUCAUCUACCCUUCGGGGCCCAGUGUGCCCGUGCCUGUCUUCUGUGACAUGACCACUGAGGGAGGCAAGUGGACGAUUUUCCAGAAGAGAUUCAAUGGCUCGGUGAGCUUCUUUCGGGGCUGGAAUGACUACAAGCAUGGCUUUGGUCGUGCGGAUGGGGAGUACUGGCUGGGGCUGCAGAACCUACACCUCCUGACACUGAAGCAGAAGUAUGAGCUGCGAGUGGACCUAGAAGACUUCGAGAACAACACUGCCUAUGCCAAGUACGUGGACUUCUCCAUCUCCCCCAACGCAGUCAGUGCCGAGGAAGAUGGAUACACUCUCUACGUGGCGGGCUUCGAGGACGGCGGGGCAGGCGACUCCCUGUCCUACCACAGUGGCCAGAAGUUCUCCACCUUUGACCGUGACCAGGAUCUCUUCGUGCAGAACUGCGCAGCCCUCUCCUCGGGGGCAUUCUGGUUCCGCAGCUGCCACUUUGCCAACCUCAAUGGCUUCUACCUGGGGGGCUCUCACCUCUCCUAUGCCAACGGCAUCAACUGGGCCCAGUGGAAGGGCUUUUACUACUCCCUCAAGCGCACCGAGAUGAAAAUCCGCAGGGCCUGAGUGCUGGGGGGCCUCCCUCUUCACUGUCCCUCCCCUGCCCUGGGUACAUGCUCCCCCCUCAGCCUUCCAUGAUCAGUCAGUGAGUCCUGCAAGUCCAGGUACCUGCUUCUCACGGGACCCUAAGCCCCCCACACAGCUCGCUCUAAGCCAGGCCAUAGCUCCCUGGUGCCUGAGCCUAGGCUGCUGCAGCUUCCCAGACAAGGGAAACUCAUGCCUGUCCCAAAGGCAGUUAGGAAUACUGUUCUAUAGAGGAAGUUAGGCUGUAGCGCAGCGGGUUAAGUGCAGGGACUGACGUAAGGAAUACUGUUCUAUCUUAGCCUGUGGUGUCUGGGGGUAUCUUAGCAGGGCCACCUGGCCACCCCCUACCACCCUUUCUAGCUGCCAUGAGUAGAGCCCAUUCCUGGAGCCCUCCCACCAACUUGCUCCCCAGUGGAGAGCACCGCAGGCACCCUGCCCCUUCUCACUAUAGCUCUCCCUUCUCCCUGCCUACCUGUCCCAGGUCCCAAAACCCAGUAUUCAAAUUAUACUUCCCCACAGCUUCUGUGGGUUACCACAUGAGUCACAGUCACAGUCAGGAGAGCACCCUACUUACUGCAGGGGUGAAGGAUGAGCAGGGAGAGGGCAGAGGGCAGCUCCUGCAGAGCUUGGGGCAAGCAAGGAAGGAGGUCUCAGUAAUUACAGGAUCGGAGUCCUGUGGCUCUGGCUGUAGUUUGUGCAGAAGGGUGUGCUUGGACUCUAGCUGAAGGGUCCAACUUGCAGAGUAACCCAAGCCUGGAGUCCCCGCCAGCCCCUGGCGUUCCUCCCCCGCCACAGCAGGGUGGCUGCCCUUGCUCCCCUAAUGAAGGCACCCUACCCUCAACUCCAAAAAGGAGCCGGGAACUGAAGGAAUAGUUGAGUUCACAGGCCUGGCUUUGACAAUGAAAAGGUUGUGUAAUAAUAAAAUAAUAGCAAUAAUAAUAACAGUAGAAAGACAA